AGUUACCUCCAGUCGAUCGAAUCAAACAGGUGGAAAAAAAUCAACCAGCGAGAGAGUGAAGUGAAAAAGUGCUAAGCCAUAGGUGAGAAUCCUAUGCUCAGAAAUCAUGGAUUUAUGAGACAGGAUACAGUAAAAGAAUAAAAGAUUUUAUUAACCAGUGAAAGGACACUGAAAGUAAGUCCGAGAUGGACAAGCUUGAUAUGCAAAAUGUUAAAAUAACUCACAAAGGAGUACUGCAACACAAUGCCGAUGGCACAACUGAGAUACAAAAGAUUACCCAGGCAGGACUCGUUGCUAGGAGUCCCGAGGGGACAGCCGCCAAAGGGAUGAACAUCCGGGGCAAUGAGGACCUCUGGGUGGAAAUACAGGCGAAUACAUUCAAAAACUGGGUCAAUGAACAUCUCAGGGAUACAGGAAUGAGAGUAUCCGACUGGGCGGCAGACUUUACCGAUGGGACACAUUUAUGUGCUCUCGUGGAAUCCCUCCAGAAGCGACCACUGAAGCCCUCCUGGAAUCACCGUCCAGCCAAUCAGCAUCACUUCCUGGAGAAUGUUACUAAUGCCCUGAAUGCCAUUGAAAAGGACGGGGUGAAGUUGGUGAACAUCGGCAAUGUAGACAUUGUCAAUGGGAAUAUUAAGUUAAUCCUAGGCCUCAUUUGGUCCCUGAUUGUGCGUUACCAGAUUGGCAGAAGCAAAUUCCCGCCCAGGAAGCUGAUGCUGGCAUGGCUUCAGGCAGCACUGCCAGAAUGCAAAAUUUCCAAUCUCACGACAGAUUGGAAUAGUGGCGUCUUCCUCUCAGCCCUGCUCGAUUACUGUGAACCAGGACUCUUUCCACAUUGGAGGAGUCUCGAUCCUAGUCAAUCCAUCAAAAAUUGUACGAAUGCCAUGAAUAUCGCUCAAAGGGAAUUUGGAAUUCCUAAAGUAUUGGAGCCCGAAUAUUUGGCAUCUCCCUGGCUCGAUGAACUAUCAGGCAUGACGUAUUUGUCGUACUUUAUGAAGCCUGGUGGACCGGGAUACAAUGCCACUAUGCGUUGGGUUAAUACUCAAGUUCAGAGACCAGUGUCCAACUUUACGACCGAUUGGAAUGAUGGUCGAGUUUUUUCUGAGAUCAUCAAGGGCUUAGGAGGUCCAGCUCCGGAUCCGGACAAGCUGCGCCUCGAUCCCUCCUAUUGGGAGUCAAAUAUUAAGAAGGCAGUGGAUGCUGGAGAGAAACUUGGGGUACGUCCAGUUCUCAGUCCCAAAGAUAUGGCCAAUCCGGAGGUGGAACAUUUGGGUAUUAUGGCCUAUGCUGCUCAUCUCCAGUGGGUUCCACCGAGACCUCCACUGUCCAACCUCAUCGCUGUGCACUUGGAGAGUACGUCAGGACGCGUUGGGGAGCCCACACAUUUCAGAGUGGAAUUGCUGACCCAUGACAUUGAGCUAAGUAAUGUACGAGCUUUUGUGGUGCCGCCGCAUGAGAAGAGUCCACAGCUCGUGAGGCUAAAUUCACGUGGGCAGGGCACCUUCGUGCCAGACAAAUAUGGAAUGCACGAAAUUGUCGUAGAAGUGGACGAUGGAAGUCUCGGAGGUCACUUCUUUCGAGUACUACCAAGGUACAUUCAAGUUGCCCCACCUGGGAUGGCUCCAUGUGCCCUUGGUAGUCUUGUUGAGGUGCUCGUGAAUGCUACGGGAGCCCCAAAGUCCGAAGACAUCCUCGUUACUGCCUACAGUCCAACGGCUCGAGCACUGAGGUGUCCACUGAAGAAGGUCGACGAAGGUCACAGUGCCAUAUUCAAGCCAGACGAAGCUGGCAUCUGGGAGAUCGCCAUCACGUAUCAGGGUCGACAUAUUCAGGGUGGCCCCUUCACAUGUGCCGUAUUUGAUCCCAAUGGCGUCACGGUUCAUGGUCUCGACGGAGCCCUGCCCAAUAGGGCUCACUCCUUCGAAGUCGACGCCCGAGGUGUUGGUGUAUCCGGAGAACUCUAUGUAGACAUUGUCCAUGAAAAGCACUCCUUGGUCUGUUCAGUGGAAAAGCUAGUUGAGAACAAGUACAGAGUAACAUUUAUGCCGCGUCAAAAUGGCAAGUAUCGGGUCUACAUCUACUUCAACGGAUAUGACGUCAAAGGAUCUCCCUACAUCAUGAGAGUGGGAACUAAAGGCCGAUCCGGAAAAACAAGAAGUGGUUCACAUAAUGAAAAUAAGUACCGUUCAGAGAGUCCCUCUGUUCACUAUACAAGUACCACUUCUACAGCCAGACGAUCCUAUUCACCGCAGUUCUCACCACGUGAACGAGAUGUCUAUUCCCCGAAAUCACCAUCUCCCAGCAAAAGUUUUGGCACUGAGGUUUACUCUUCGUCAAACUACAAGAGCGAUACCCGAAAGCAUGUUGAGCGAACUUCUCCCAGUCAUGAUUACUACUUAAGCAGUGAAUACCGCAAGACACCAAACCGGGAUGAUGUUGAUCCCUACACAGCGUCGUAUACCUCAAAACUCUUUUCCGAUACUACCAAAUUAAAUUCCGUUUCACGUCGAGGAGACACCAGCAGUCCAAUUUCAAGCCCUUUAACCAUUCGAGGAAGUUCGGCCGUUAGGAGCAGCCCAGUUACCGUAACUACCACAACCAGAUAUGAAUCAACUACGAGGAACAUUACAUCCAGUCCGAGAUUGACGUCAAGCCCUAGAUUGACUUCUGCAUCUCCACCACCACUUAGACAAUCAGCUUCUCCCAGUUUUAUCACUUCAUCGUCAAUCAAUAGAAUCUCAAGUCCCGUACCCAGUGGCUUUGACUCUUCCCGGCUUGUUAAACAGCAGAACUCCAACUAUAAGUCUUCUUAUGUGUCAUCUACUGAAAACGUUCGAUCCAGCCCCCUACUGUCGUCUCCCCUAAGGCAAACUAGUGGCUCUCCCAAUUCAUUUGGGAUAGACCACUCUUCCAAUAUCAGAGUGUCAGCAACCAAAAAUGGAGCAGCCAGGAGGGAUAGUUGGGAUGCCAUAAACAAAACGAAGCACAUACUUUCUCACAAUUCUCUCGAAUCUCUAGCAAAUAUGACGGAAAAUCAACUGAAUACGGACAUCACCUACACUCGACCACGCGAUAUUGAUCAUGAAACUGAAAGGAAUACCCAUUACAACAAGUUUGCUCUGCAAGAAGGCAGAUUCAGUUCUAGCCCUACCGUUCCAACAUCUCACUAUUCAUCCAGUACGGUUAAAGAGACCAGCGAACGUGUUAUAACAUCGGAGAGCAGCGGAUACGGAUAUUCUUCACCAAGUAGAUUUCUUCCCAUUGAUAAAGAUGUAACCGGAGCUAGGGCCAUCUUCGUGCAAAAUAUUCCAAAUGGAGCACUAGGACGUCCAGUUGAAUUUGAAAUUGAUGGCUCAAGAGCUGGCAGUGGAAACUUGGAGAUUCUGGUGAAUGGUGGUCGGGUUACGUCAUCAGUGAGAGCCUUAGGUGGUCAGAGGUUCAUUGCGAGCUUUACACCUCACGAGACGGGUGUACACAAGGUGCAGAUCACAUUUAAUGGUGAAACUGUUCCAGGGUCACCGUGGCACAUAGAAGUAAUGUCAUCACCUGGAUUGACACCUUUGGGUGAGAGCACCCGCCUCGUACCAGCCAAUACACCGGCGGUUUUUGAGAUACUGCCGCCUCCUGGAACAACCCUCAGUCGAGGGGAGUGUAUAGCCAAUGUACUUUCGCCCAGCAAGAGCAAAGUACCGGCUAGGAUCACCCACGAGGCGGCAAAUGGUGCCAUGCGUAUCGAAUUUGUCCCCACCGAAGUCGGUACGCACAUAAUCGAGGCGUCAAUUGGUGGCUCCAAGAUCAUUGGAGGACCACUCAUAGCAAAAGUGUACGACUCGAGCCUGAUCCAGGUCACCGAUGUCAAUGGUGGCGUUGUAGGUCAGAAGAUUCAAUUUCGUGUAGAUGCAAGUGCAGCUGGUGAAGGUCAGCUGGAGAUAUCCAUUAAUGAGGGUGAAGUGCCGAAUCAUGUUCAAGUUGUCGGUGGAGGAAGAUGUUUGGUGUCAUUUACGCCAGAGCAAGCAAAGACCCAUUUCAUCGACAUUAAGUUCAACGGAGAGACCGUUAGGGGAUGUCCUUUUGUUUGUGCUGUGGCAGACACUAGCCGGGUCCUUUUGAACCUUAGCAAUCUCGAAUUGAUUGCUCUCCAUCGUCCGGCUACUUUUCACAUCACUGUAACUGGAGGAGGUGCAGCCGAAUUGGCCGUGAGUGUUAGGGGGCCACAUGGAGAGCUACCUGUACGUGUUGUGGGUGACAUAAAUGCUGGAUUUACGGCAGAAUUUACCCCUGUAGCUGUGGGUGCUCAUACAAUAAAUGUCGAGUACAAUGGGUACCCGGUCCAAGGCACUCCCUUUGUAGCAAAAUCCUAUGACGCCAGUCGUGUGUCUGUUGGUGCCGUAACCAAGGGAACCGUUGGACGCAUGGUGCAAUUCACAGUGGAUGCUGGCGAGGCGGGUGAGGGAAAUCUGGAGAUUACAAUUUCGGCCAAGGGUCACAAUAUUCCAACACAAGUACACCCUCAAGGCAAUGCCCGAUUUGCAGUGUCAUUUGUCCCGGCUGAGGCUUCUGAACACAUCAUCAAUGUCUCCUUUAACAAAAUGCCCGUGCCUGGAUGUCCAAUAUCCGUGGCAGUUAGUGGCGGUGCAGCAGGACCUCAAGUAUCUCUUGGCGGACCAGGGCCCAUUCAUCAGCCCAAUUCUCUCGUGAUCAAUCACGAGGGUGGGCGCCUUGAAGACAUUGAAGUCAAUGUGGAAGGUCCUUUGGGGCAAUCUGUGCCAGCCCAGGUUCACCUGACAUCCGAUGGCAUGUUUAAAGCUGAGUUUGUACCACGAUCAGUCGGUGAACACCGGGUCAGUGUCACUGUUAUGGGACAGCCCACCGCCGGUAGCCCCUACUCAGCAAAAGUUUACGAUGUCAAUGCGAUCAAAGUUAAAAACGUAAGCAGUGGUACAGUUGGUAAGCCCGUAACAUUUUUAGUGGAAACCUCCCAGGCUGGGCCAGGUAAUCUCGAAGUAACGGUCAAUGGAGGAAGAGUCCCUACAUCAGCUCAAGCCCAAGGACAGCACACCUAUGCCAUCAGUUUUACUCCACGCGAAGCUCAAAAUCACACAGUUGAACUUCGUUUUAACGGACAAAACGUUCCCGGAAGCCCAUUUAAUUGCAAAAUUUCUGCCGCUGCGCGAAUUGCUCCUGAUACAGUUGAUAAAGUCAGUGUUGGCAGAAUGUUUCAGUUCAAUGUUGAGUCAGACACAGCUCCGCAGGUUGAGGUUCUGGGUCCAGCCAGGAGGAAUGUACCAACAAAAGUUCUACCUGUAGCAGGGGGCUUUAGCGUAGAAUUCGAACCGGCAGAUGUUGGAGAUCAUUCAGUUGAAGUUCGUCUGCCACAGUCGGGCCAUGUGGAAGGCAGUCCUUUCCUCUUGAAGGCAUAUUCAGCUGAAAAGGUCAUCGUGACAGAUAUCCGACCGGGAGUCGUGGGCAAGAGUGUCAGCUUUGGGAUUAAUGCCAGCCAAGCCGGAGCAGGCAAUUUGGAGAUUAUCGUGGCGGUGAAUGGAAAGAAUGUACCCAAUUUUGUCCAAUCCGAAGGCAAUGCUCGAUUCAAGGUGAACUUCAAGCCAAUAGAAGCAGCUCCACACUUGCUCUCUGUCCGGUUCAAUGGACACGCAGUGCCGGGAUCACCUUUCUCUUGUCCUAUUUCAGCUGCCCCGACAUCACCCCUUAAGGCUCUGGCCAAGGGAGAGUGCCUCAAGCAAGCUGCAGUGAAGAUGGAUAAUACGAUUCAACUGGAGGGCUUUGAAGAAAUUGAUCCUCAGGUGUUGGUGACCUCACCAUCGGGCGAUAAUGUACCGUGUCGCAUUGUUGUGCGAGAUCAUGUUCACUUGGCGACUUUCCGACCCACUUCAGUUGGCCGCCACUUAAUUAGCGUAACGGUCAAUGAUCAACAUAUCAAUGGUUCACCCUAUUCUUGCAAUGUCUUUGAUGUAUCCCGGGUAUCUAUUAGUGGUUUGGAACAGCAGAAUGGACCAGCAGCACUAGGUGCUCCUGUAACGUUCAGUGUCGAUGCUGCAGGAGCAGGAGAAGGUACUCUAGAAUUGGUAGUAUCGACUGCAACCAGUACAGUAAAGGCAGAGGUGGUAGCUUGUGCUCGAGGUCUCUACGAUGUGACUUUCAUCCCACAGACCAAUGAGCCUCACUUUGUCAACAUCACAUUCAAUGAUGUGCCAGUUGAGGGUAGUCCCUUCCACGUCGAGGUUCAACAGAAUAUCCAACACUGUCAAGUAGGUGGAGUUGCAACGGUUGAACUAUCAGCUGAAGAUCAGCUCCUCGAGAUCACAACCCCCGACAGGAAGCAUGUAUCCUACUCCAUUGUAGGAGGGACGUUUGGAGAAUUUCGAACCCAUACGAUUGGAACAUACGUUGUCAAUAUCAUCGAUAGAGAAUCCCGGUCUAUUAUUGGGACUCGCACAGUCAAUGUCUUUGAUCCUAGCCUCGUGAAGAUCGUUGAGGUAGGUGAAGCUGUUUGUCACAGGCCUGCAACAAUUGGGGUGUCGAUUUACGACGCAGGCCAAGGCACCCUAACUGCAAUGGUAAGAUGUGGAGCUGUUGAGGUUCCUCACUCCAUUCGAGGACCAUCAAAGCUUGGGAUUUGGGAGAUAGUAUACCAUCCCAAUAGGGUGGCACCUCACAAAAUCAACAUUAUGUACAAUGGUGUCCCCAUUUCGGCAAAACCCCUCGAAAUCACGGUUGUGCCACCUGGAUAUGGUAAGGAGACUAGUGUCAAUGGCAUGGGACUGUAUCAAGCACGUGUUGGUAAGACCACGUCCUUCUCCAUUGACACUGUUGGACGUCCAGCGAGGGAAUUUGAUGUGGUAGUAUCUGGACCUGGGAGAGAAGCUCUUCCCGUUAGAUGCUAUCAAACAAAGGGUGGACACCUACAAGCGGAAUUUACCACACACAAAGUUGGACAAUGCUUGAUUGAGGUCCUUCAUCAAUCCAAGCCAUUGCCGGGAAGUCCUUUCACUUGCGAAUCUUUCGAGCCUUCUAAAGUCACCCUACACAGUGUACCCAGAGGUCUCGUCAAGGUUCACAAUCAAAUUUCUUUCACAUUAAGUGAAAUGGAUGCUGGAUUGGCAGAGUUGGAAGUCUAUGCUACAUCCCCGAUAAACCACAAUCUUCCAGUUAAUGUUGUGCAAAAGAGAGAUGGAAAUUACUCAAUAGAGUUUACACCUCGCAUGGCGGGUCCAUACAAAGUGAACGUUCUCUACGGAGGAGAACCCGUUAACGGAACCCCCCUGACUUUUACCGCAUCUCCAGCUGGACAGUCCACCAAAUCCGAUGCUCGAGCAUCAGGUAAUGGACUCGAAGUGGCACAACGCGGUAAGGAGAACUCUUUCAUCGUCUACUGUCCUACAACUCCAAAUGUUCUUGUUGAACGGGCUGACAUGCAAGGAGAAAGGAUUGAACCCAAGACAAAGUCUUUGGGUAACAAUGAAUGGAGGAUUUCUUAUACAAUUUUAUCGGUGGGAUUGUAUGAGAUCCGGGCAAGUUGUCCAAACAAAGGCCCCUUGCCGGGUUCUCCCUGGACCAUUGCUUGCAUCGACACCAAUAAAGUUAUCCCAGUUGGAGGCUGGGGACAAUUGCUGGAUAACGAGGGAAGGCUUGUCCUUCCGGCUCGAAUCAUCUUCGAUACAAGUCAAGCUGGUCCUGGUGAACUAUCUUGCGCAAUAGACGGAAGAGAAUUAGCUGUAGACAAGCAGUCUGAUGAUAAAUCUAGGAUUCAUAUUCCGGCUGAUGGUUUAACAACUGGUGAACACAUCUUUGAUUUGACCUGGAACGGAGUGCCUGUAACUCAAAGUCCUCACCAUGCCUAUGUCACAUCUCAGCAAGUUGCAGACAAAGUCGUUCUCACGGGUCGUGGCUUGGCAGCUGCUCAAGCCAAUGAACCUGCACACUUCACAAUCGAUGCAACAGCUGCAUCUCCUGGUCGCCCGGACGUCAGCUUAAUGUACCAGGAUAAUGUAGUAGUUCCCGUAACUCUCAAUCAACCCCGUCCCAGCGAAGCUCUCUGGUUAGCCUCCUACACACCCACACGAUCAUCCCAAGGACCCCUGAAUCUCAUAGUACGAUGGAAUGGACGAAUAGUCAAAGGAUGUCCUCUGAGUGUUGCCGUUGGAUCCUCUGUAGAUGCCUCUAAGGUUCUGUGUUCAGGAGAGGGCCUUCGGCAUGGAGUUGUCGGAAGGGAAAUUAAGUCUUGGAUUGACACCAGACGAGCUGGUCCCGGAGAACUUACAGCCCAUUGUACAGGACCCAGGAAGGUGGCUUAUUGCGAACUUUACGAUCAUGGAGAUGCCACAUUCACACUCAAUGUGAAACCCCAAGAGGCGGGAAGGCAUUUGCUGACCAUAAAGUAUGGAGGGCAGCACGUAACAGGCUCACCGUUCUCACUUCGAGUAGCUGGGGCACCUGAUGCCAGUAAAGUUCGCGUCUAUGGUCCGGGCAUCGAGCACGGAGUCCUUGCUACAUUCCAGAGUCGCUUUAUAUGCGACACCCGGGGUGCUGGAGCAGGUCAACUUACGGUUCGGGUCAGGGGUCCGAAAGGAGCUUUCAGGGUGGAAAUGCAGCGUGAGAGCCAGAAGGACCGCACCAUUCUCUGCAAGUACGAUCCCACGGAGCCCGGUGAUUACCGCGUUGAGGUCAAAUGGGCAGGAGAACUAGUACCAGGCUCACCCUUCCCAGUAAUGAUUUUCGACACAGAGGAAGAACUGAGGCGCUUCAUGCAGGGCAUCUGAAGAUGACGAAAAUGGUUCAAUGGAGGAAGACACUAACACAAUUGCUGUAUUAUUUUUCUCUUAUUUUACAACGAAAAUUUCUUAUACAAAAAAAAAAACAAAUAAAUUUUAUAUAAUAAAAUACAUAUUUGGUUAAUGAAUAAUAA